AUGAAAUUGCUGGUUGUAUUUGUCAUUUGUUUCUUGCUCAUCAUUACAUGCUAUGGUUCGGCUGAUGUGCAUGCCAGGAAUACAUACAUCGUUGAUGAAGCAAAGCGUGUACGUUUCUAUCAUGGUGUCAAUUUUGUACAGAAAGGAUUCCCAUGGUAUCCAUCCGAAUUACUUGACCCUGCUUUUGUUGCUAACUUGCAUCAAUGGGGUUUAAACGUUGUUCGACUUGGAAUAAUGUGGGCUGGCGUUGAACCACAACCUCAACAAUAUAACGUAACCUAUUUGAAUAUAAUGAAACAAAUUGUUGAAUUACUUGAAUCAAAUAAUAUCUAUGUUUUAUUCGAUUUACAUCAAGAUGUAUUGAGUAGUCGAUUUGGAACCUAUGAUGGCAUUCCAUUAUGGUUGUACAAUCGAUUUCCGCCUUCGAAGCAUCCUUAUCCUUUUCCACUCCAAUCAUCUUCAUUGGGUAAUAAUUGGGCUUUAGGUUAUGUGACAGAAGCUUGUUCGCAUGCAUUUCAAUGUUUGUAUGACAAUGUAGCUGGUGCUGUUGAGUCGAUGAGUGACUUUUGGCGUUUAAUAGCUACGACAUUUGGUCAUUACACGAAUGUACUUGGAUAUGAGUUAAUCAAUGAACCUUGGGUUGGAAAUUAUAUCGACCAUCCAAGUUUACUUUUGCCCGGUGUUGCUGGUUCGAAAAAUUUGUUACCGUUCUAUGACAAACUUGUCAGUGCUAUUCGAACCGUCGACACGAAGACACUCAUCUUCUACGAACCGAUCACUUUUAGUGAACGGCACAGUGACCAAAUUUUUGGCAGCGGAUUUUCUCAUGUGCCAGGCGGCAAAGAUUAUCAAAAUCGAAGUGUUCUUUCUUAUCAUUAUUACUGUACCGCCUUAGCGAUUAAUCCCGUUCCAGGAAAUGAAAAUAUACCCAUGUUGGACCGAGUGCUCUGCAAUGACAUCGAAGGACCAGCUGUUUUUCGUUCAGUAGAAAAAGAAAUUAAUCGAUUGGGUGGCUCUGGCUUUCUGACAGAAUUCGGCGGAUGUGAUGGUUCACCCGUCUGUGAUAAUCAACUCGAAGCGGGUAUGCUUGACGCCGAUAGAUUUCGUCAAUCGUGGAUUUACUGGGGCAAUAGUUACGCUAGUACGGCUUUGAUCAAACGCUUGUCACGCGUUUAUGCUCGUGCUAUUGCUGGUAGACCUAUUUCCAUGAUAUAUCGUGCCGAUAAACGAAUCUUUUCAUUAUCCUAUUUUAUUGAUAAAACAAUCAAUAAGCCCACAGAAAUCUAUGUACCUUUUCUGAAUUAUCCACAGGCAAGUUACAGGGUAGUUGUUAAUAAAUAUCUCAAGUGGAAAGUUGAUCCAACCGAUGCCAAUGUAAUUCUUGUCGAACCCAAUACACCGGUUAUCAAUAUUCCGAUAUUGAAUUCCAUCGGCACUGUAGAAAUCCAACCAACAAUGUGA